AUGCAGCAGGAGCAGAGGGCGGAGGGAGGACAGAAUGUGCCUGAGGAGGACCGGGAGCUGCAGCAGGCAUCACCCAGGCAAAGGGAGAGAGAAAAGACGCUCCCGCGGAGCGGGCCAGACGUCUUGCCCCUCACGCUGAGCAUCGCCACCCACGACGGCCUCUGCUCCGUGUUCCUUCCCAGGAACACCCGGGUCCCCGUGCGGAAGACCAAGGUCUUCGAGUCGGCGAAGGACAACCAGAAGAACUUCGAGAUCAAGGUGGUCCAGGGGGAGCGCCGCUUCGCCAAGGACAACAAGGAGUUGUCGAUGUUCAUCCUCGAGGGCGGCCGGGGGCAUCAGGCCCGCGGCGGCGGGCCGUGCGAAGGUCGAGGCGAGCGCGCGCUGCCGCCCCCCGGCCACGCCGCGGCCUGCGCGGGGAGGGAGGGCAGCCCCGGGCUCCAAGGCCGCGCCGGCGCCCGCGGGGCCCCGCCGGAGUACAAGCUCGCGAAGCUGCUGCAGGCCUCCGUGCACCCCCCCGUGCACGCCCGCAGCGGCAGCGCGCCGAGAGGCCCGUCCGGCCUCGCGGUGCAGAGCCCGAUCGACAGGCUGCGCAGCGGCGGCAGCGCCACGGAGUUCAACGACACCGCCUCGGUCUCCUCGUCCACCCGGUCCGUCUUCUCGACUCGCAGCGCCCCCCCCGGGGCCUCGGCGCAGUCGCGGCUGGAGAGCAUGUACCGCGAGCACGGGCGCGGCACCUCCUCGGCCAGCGCUGCCUCCACGCCCGCGCGCGGCGCGGCGCGGCCGCCCCGCCCGCGCAGCGGCUCCGCGCAGCGCAGCGCCCCGCCGCGCGGCGCCGGCGCCCCGCAGGGCGGGGGGCGAGGCGCCGGCAGGAGGCCCAAGCUGUCGGCGGAGGCUGAGCGGCGCGCCCGCAUCGCGCAGAUGCAGCAGAUGUACGGCCUCGGCGCGGCCCAGGAUCGAGGCGGCCUCCCCGCCGCCCAGCGGGGAGCCGCCCGCGGCGCCGCGGGCGGACCGGCCACCGCCGCUGCUUGCGCCCGCGUGGGCGCGGCCGCCGACCCCGGAGGUGGCGCCCUCGGCGGCACUGCCCGCGAGAGCGGAGCCGCUGGGGGAGGCGGACCCGGCCGGCGCUGGGGACACGCACGACCUCAUAGCAUGGAGCCGCAUGCUGAGACCAGGCGAGGUGUCGCCAGACGCGUCCCUCGCGGCCCUCUUCGAGUCCGAGCCGCUCUGAGGGGCCUCUCUUGUUCCCCUCCCGCCGCCUCCUCCCCUCUCCAGAGCUCCGACAAGUUGAUUUGUUCAGUCCAGUGCUGGCGUUUUCUCCUCGAUAUCGACUUCUGGAAAUCGAAAAUCGCGAGGACUGAAAAAGACAGUCCUCGGCUCCAGGACGAUGCCACCGGAGCGACUCGCGGGGCCACUGGCAGCUGUGCCAUCUGCGCCAUCGCAAUGGCCAGCUGGGCCCGCCAGGGCGUCGCCGUAGUCAAACCGUGA